AUGAAUGGCUUCAUCGGUGAUUCUAUCAAUGAUUGUCAACUUUGGCUAUUCUGUGACAGUGACUUUGCUGGUGAGUUUGAUGCCAAGUCUACCACUGGUUGUGCACUGUUUUUGGUUGGUCCAAACACGUACUAUCCCCUCAACGCCUUCAGCAAGAAACAGACAAGUAUCGCUAUGAGCUCCACAGAGUCUGAAGUUGUAGCGGCAAACCAGGGAAUCCGCGCCCAAGGCCUACCUUCGCUUAGCCUCUGGUUCUUCCUCUGGAUGGGCGAAGCCGGUGGCGAGGCCGUGCCUAAAGCUGCAACUCAGCCUGGUGCAGCUGUUGCACGUAUUGACCCCGAACUGGAUGAAAUUCGCUAUGGUGGUAAAACAUCGGAUGGCAGGAGUGUUGCUGAUAUCAAUGGUUUGCAUGUGUCCCUUCCUGCCAAGUUCAAGGUCAGGGUUAUGGAAGACAACCAAGCAACGAUCACAAUACUUCUCACAGGAUCAUCCAACACCAUGCGGCGCACCGAGCGCACGCAGAAAGUAUCUUUCGCAUGGCUGCGGCAGCAGUUUGAGUUUGGUAACUUUCUCAUGUUGAACGCUGACACUCAAGAACAAGUGGCUGACAUAUUUACAAAACCCUUCACUGAUCGUUUAAAGUGGCAGCAUGCGCUGAGGCUUAUCGCGCGCAAUGACGCCUUCCACACGUCUAAGGUAGCUAGGGGCAACCCUAAGCCAACAGAGAACGCCGCUACCCCGGCAAAAGAAUCAACUCCGGCAAGUGAAGAGCUGGCGAAUUCUCUCUUGAAGUCCAAAGACUUUACCUAUGACGCGUUGGAGAAGCUUCUACAGCCCAUGUUUGCAGAGGGAAAAUCCACAUUUCGAGCAACGCAGCGGCGUGACAAACGUUCGCAUAAUUUGGUAUUUGGCGCUUUUGCGCAUGGUCCUUUUUGUGGAAUCACGAGUCGUACUUUGCUCUAUCCAAUAUGCGUCCAGUACAUCAACCAGUUUCUGGGCAAACAUUUACCCAAAACUAUGACUUGGAGCACCUUUGCGUUACCCCAGCAAGUGAGAACGAUGACUCAUACCGACGCGCGCAACCUGGCAGGUUCCACAAACUGUGCAUUUUCUCUGGGUCAAAGCAAAGGCGGCGGUCUGUACAUCGAGGAUGAGGGAGGUAACCGCACCAUCCAAACCAAGCAGGGCAAGGGCGUCAAAGUCAAGUUGCGUGAUACCUGCCGCAAGCCUAUUUGUUUUUCCCCGAAACAGUACCAUGCAGUGCAAUCAUGGGCAGGGCUUCGGCUUUCAGUUGUGACGGAGUAUCUGAAUGUGGACGCAAGAGCAAAGCCGUUGAAAGCAGUGAGGGACAAGCUUGCUUUGGAGCUUCUGUGCCACGGAGGCCUAGCUGCUGAACGCCUUGGCCUUGAAGGUGAAGAAUUCUACGAAGGCAUUCGGCGCCUCUACAGUCAGCUCCCGAUUCAGAGUUUGUCCGCAUCAUCCUUCAAAGACAGAAUAGUCCCUGUGCCAAACCUGGUUGCGCUGGCAGAGCUCAAUGACUGGGGCCUGGGUCAGCUGAAAAACAAGGUAGCUCUCCGCAAGGAGAAAGCCUUAAUCCUGGUGACCGAUUCUACCUCGGCUUUGAUCUACAAAGAUCACGGUCAAAUCAUGCCGGGCGAUAUGUCCCGGGAGGUAGAGAUGGCUGCGCAGUCCAACCACUACCGCCUCUUCAAGCACAUCGCUCAGGAGGCUCGAAGACUCGUAACCGAGGUCAGUGCCAGCAACCCGGAGUGUGAGAUCGAUAUCGUUUGCUGGUGGCUAGGCAACGAAGUGUGCGGUGAUUACGGAUGUCUCCCACCUCUUGAGGCAAUGGGGACUGCCUGGCGCCCAAGCGCACUGAACAGUGUUGAGCAUGUCACGGCUCGCGUCCGCAAUGGGAUUGAGAUCUUGGCUGCCCUCGCGGGCAUGCCUCAGGUCUCCGCCGUGUGCAUCCACAGCAACCCAGCCUCGUACAUCUACAACUUGCGCCCGGAGUGCAAUGUUGUCAUGACCCAGGCUCUGAACGAGGCAGAUGCAAAAGGGCUUUCGACCAUCUGCAUAGACUCCCUGGCGCAGUUUUUGGUGCUCCAAGAUGGCUACCACGCGCGGGACACCUAUGAGAAUCGAGCCCACAUCUCCCGCUAUUUGAGCAACACGCUCCUUCUCUUGGAUCGUGAGGUGGUAGCAUCUCGGCUUCGUCCCGGUGUGGACGCGCUUGUGCAUCUGUUCAGACAUGACGACGACUCCUUCAAGCCAAGUGAGGAGACGCAGCGCAUCGGGGCAGAGAUGACAGCCACCAUCAAAAGAAUCCAAGAUGAAGAGGAAGCCCGGAUUCAGGCCAGGAUCAACGCACGUAGCUCCGGGCAACCGGUAGCCUCUGGCGAUCUCAGGUGGGAACGGGCGGAUAGGAGCAUCCCCACGGCCCAUUGGAAGGUCGAGCAGAGGCGUGCUGAGAUCGAGAGGGACAUGAAGAGGGAUCUUGCCGUGGGCGACCUGGAGUUUGACGCGCCGUUCAUUCUCCCCGACACCGACCUCGCACUCGACAUCAUCGAGGCAUUGCGCGAGGUAGAGCCUGAGGCCGAGCCUGCUGCUCCCCGCGAGGGGAGUCCUCCAAUUUGGACGGUGCUGGUGAGGGCGAGGAUACUCAUGGAGGAGAUGUAUGGGGCGCCGCUGCCAGAAGACGAGAUCACAUUGCGCGCGGCGAGGGAGACCUUCCACUUCCGUGGAGGGGAGUUCGUGCUGCGCGAUAUGCCGCAGGGCACCCUCAAGAAACCCCGCAAGCGCCUCUGGUUUCAUCGUGGCGACCUCCUGUUUUUCACAGGGCUGGUGCGUGGAAAUUUCACACGCGACUUCCCCAAAAUCAAACAUGACGAGGGUCUUUGGGCUAGCGUUGAGAAAUGCCUCGAUGUGUUCAACAAGGCCCGCAAACGUCAUUGGGGAGUCCGCCAGGUGAUCCAGAUGGUGGCAGAAGACAAGAAAGGCCGGAUGGAGAUGAGGGGGAUCGACAUUCAGAGGAAGGACAUCGUCGACCAAGCCUACUUCCCCGUGAUCAUCCGCGCCACCCAGGGCCACAACGCGAGCAUUGCCAAGAACCCCGGCACCGACUUUGCGCUUGCCUCCUCCUACUACUCAAUUUUGGACAAGACGGAGGCCAACUCGGCAGCCACCCGCGAGGGUGUGCCUGUGGUUUGUUUGGAGGAUGCGCCAAAGAUCCUCUACCACAGAACGACCCGAGACAGCUUCCAAAGCAUUCUUCAGGGGGGAUUGGUGGCGGGAUCUCAGGGAAGUGGCAGAGUGCACAACUACUUCGCCACGUGUCCCGUCACGUCUGAGGAGUACAGGUCCGGUGUUUGGGCAUACGCACCCAUUGAGAUAAAAUGGGACACCGAGAAACUUCUCAGGAGCGGCUGCCUACUCUUUACCACUCGCUCCGAAGGUGUGCUCUGCCGUGAACCCUGUGCCCCGGCUGCAAUCAUUUCAAUCAUCGAUACUGUCAAGGAGGAGGUGCUCUACUCCCUACAUCUCGAUGAUGCCCCGGAGAUUCCUAGUGGCUCAGCUGGAUCUGAGUCGGCAUCCCGCAAACCGCAGCUUCCCGCACGGGAAAGCCUAUCCUCAACGGAUGCGCCGAUGGCAGAGCCAGAUGAUGAAUACGUGGAAGUGGAAAUUGAGCCGGAAGAGCACAUGGAAGGGCCCGUGGGUGAGGUGCCACAGCCAAUGACUCCCCCAUCCACACACAUGACCGUGGAUGAUGCUGCUGCUGGUGUUCAUGAGGCAGCAAACCCCUUCACCAUGGCAGGUCCAGCGACGUUCCCAUGCCAAACGUGCCAGGCGGUAUGCUUUGUGGGGCAGCAUCACUGUCUUCGCUGCCGUCACCGACUUUCUGAGGCAUGUGGUGAGGACCGUCGAUUCAUCCAGGCCGCUCAGCGCCGGAACAGAAUCCUAGACCGCCUGGCAACGGACGAAGAGCGUGGGCAAAUGAGCUACGAAGCCCACACCAUCCGCAACGCGAAGGAUAAGGUGCAGCGAGCUCUCAAGAUCAAAGGCACCAAUUACAGGAACUUGGCGGACCGUUUUGACAAAGAUCCAACCUUUGCAGCCUGGCAAGCAGAAAACGGUCUGACACGCAUGGAUAUGCGUCGCCUCCAGGCCUAUGCCACUGGCUUCUUGCCAGCACCCGGGCGCACCCGCCAGCAGGUCAUCCUCGGGACUGGAAGCCAAGCCAACUUCCGCGCCUCCAAGUCCGAAGUCAAUGCCAAGCUUGUCAUCUAUGAUGGCGUUGGCCUCGAGGAGCUGCAGGCAUUGGGAUUGGCGGAUCAGCAGAUGCGCGUGAACAUGGGUGUGGGCUGGCAUGGCACCUUCAUGGAUGUUGCCACAUUUGCGGGGUUGGCCCUCGGCAACGAGGAUGCCCGAAAGGUUCUCACCUUCAAUGGACUUGUGAAUUUGCAGGCCACCAACCUCGAGUCGCUCAAAACGGAGAUCAAUGAGCUGACUGUGGGCAACCAUGAGGCGGCCAAGGCUAAGGUCAGGUCCGACCAGCCGGCACGUGCCAAGCAGUCUGCAAUUUCCAAGGCUAAGUCUAAGGCUGGCCCAUCCGCUGUUCGUCCACAAUGGUCUGAAGAAGACUGGAACAACCGGAAUCACGGAGGUUAUCACGGCCGAACAUGGUACUCGGCCGCCGAAUGGCGCCGGUACUGGGGCCAUUAA